AUGGCUGCUUGUAAGAUAGCAGGACAACUUACAAAAGUAAUACCACACACAAAUCUUGGUUCAAUUAUAGCUUUUUUUAGUAGUAGUAUUUAUAGUAGUAGUAGUAGUAUUUAUAGUAGUAGUAGCAAUAGUAGUAGUAGUAGUAGUAGUAGUAGUAGUAGUAAUAGUAGCAGUAGUAAUAGUAGUAGUAGCAGUAGUAGUAAUAGUAGUAGUAGUAAUAGUAGUAGCAGUAGUAGUAGCAGUAGUAGUAGUAGUAGUAGCAGUAGUAGCAGUAGUAAUAGUAGUAGCAGUAGUAAUAGUAGUAGCAGUAGUAGUAGCAGUAGUAAUAGUAGUAGUAGUAGCAGUAGUAAUAGUAGUAGUAGUAGUAGUAACAGUAGGAGUAGCAGUAGUAGUAGUAGCAGUAGUAGUAGCUGCAGUAGUAGCAGUAGUAAUAGUAGUAGUAGUAGUAGUAGCAGUAGUAAUAGUAGUAGUAGUAGUAGUAACAGUAGGAGUAGCAGUAGUAGUAGUAGCAGUAGUAGUAGCUGCAGUAGUAGCAGUAGUAAUAGUAGUAGUAGUAGUAGUAGCAGUAGUAAUAGUAGUAGUAGUAGUAGUAACAGUAGUAGUAGCAGUAGUAUCAGUAGUAAUAGUAGUAGCAGUAGUAGUAGUGGCAGUAGUAGUUUAAGAAGGUGA